GGAUCCUCUCAUCCGGGACAUGAGACGAAUGACGUCAAGGCGCCGAAAUAAACAGUGCUCGGCAUGAAAACUAAUGCAGUAUUAUUUUCUGAAAUAAAAGCACAUUGAUGCGUUCUACUAUUCCGCGCAGCAGUUUGUAACAGAGGUGGGGAAACAUCUCGUCUGCUUCUCCUCAGGUGUGCAGAGAUGCAGGCGGCAGAUGAGGCGCAGUCCUCUCUAGCGGAGCGGGUAGAGUCUAUGGGAGUGAGUGAACAGGACAAAACUGCAGGAAAAGAGGAAGAAAAGGAUAAAGAAAGAGACGAGGAGACGACUGAAACCGCACAGGAUACUAAAACGGAGGAUGACACAAAGGGAGACAAAGAAGCAAUGGAUGUAGAGGAGCAGAAAGAGGGAGUAACCAUAGAUGGAGAGAUGAACGGAGGUGGAGAAGGGAAGCUGGUGCAGAACGAGGAGGACUGGGAGAUCCCUUACAGUGACGAGGAGAUGGAGGACUCUAAGAGCUGGAUGCCCCCACCCGAGGAGAUCAAACGCCUGUACGAGCUCCUGUCUAAAGGAGAAGCGCUCGAGUUGAAGUGGGUCGCUCUUCCACGCCGACCUCCGACCCCUCCACGCACUCCCUCACCUGAGAGAGAUGGAGAAGACUCGCAGGAGGCCAAACAAGAGGAGGAUGAGCUCAAGGCCCUCACACCAACUGAGUUUGAUUUUGAUGAAGAGCAGACUAUGGCAACUCCCAAGAACUCGUUUCUCAAUCGCCGCAGGACACCAGGUUCCUCUGCCCGCUCUUCGGUCAGACGCGAGGCCCGGCUGGACAAAGUGCUGUCGGACAUGAAGCGUCACAGAAAAAUCGAGGAGCAGAUUCUAAGGACAGGUCGUGACCUUUUUAAAAGCGAUAAAGCACGGGCAGGGCCUGCCGUCGAGCCGCCUUUAUCACCGAACAGUCAGCGAGAGCGGGAAAAAGAACGAGAAAGAGACAGCGACCCCAGCACUGUCUUCAGUCCCAGACAGAGGAGAUACUGAGGAAACAACAGACUGCUUGAACGAAUGCCAGGUUUUUUAACUCAACAUAAUUCAUCCUUUUGCAUUGGACAGUGAGAUGCUCAUAUUUUACUGAUGUUGUCUUUUUUAUUCAAAGGUUUUUUUACAAUGUGAAUAAAUGUAUUGCCUAGA